CAAUGAGAUACCUCGUAGGCAAGGGAAGUGAUCUUGAGAAAAAUUGCAACAAAGGAUGGACCCCGCUCCACUACGCCGCAUGGAAGAAUCGCCUGAACAUCGUCAAUUUUAUUCUCAGCCAACCGGAGCAUAGGAAAGAAUUAGUGAACUGGCCAGGAAAGGAUGGCUCCACAUCACUUCAUCUCGCUGUCGGGGCUGGUCACUUAUCAACGGUUGAAGCUUUGAUAAACCACGGAGCCGACUUGAGAACCCAACUGAACAACGGUCAGACAAGCCUCCAUCUAGCUGCUCAGCACCUGGAUGGUCACAAGAAAUCUAACUUAAAAGAAAACACGAAAGGAAAAAAUUCCAAAGCUAAGAAAGUGCUAGAGCUCCUGCUGAUGAAGGGAUCUGAUGUAAACGUGAAAGAUGGGUGUGGAAAGGCUGCAAAGGACUACGUCAAAGACCAGGCGACAAGAAAGUUGAUCAGCAGCUAUGGUGCUGACACCAAGAGUGAACUCACCAUUCCGAAAAAGAGGAUAUCAUAUAAGGACCAGCAGAACUUUGAAAGGAUGCUGACAAGGUUAGCCGACGACAUCUCCGACAGGAGCCUGCGGCGCCUUGGUGAAGCUUUGAGGUUUCAUGAAGUACAGAUUGAACGAUUCAAGGAGACUAACCGGAAAGGCGCCAGCGUAACGGCAGAAGGGACACGACAAAUGCUUCAAGAGUGGUUCUUAAAUUCUUCGAAAGACAAUAGAAUACUGAAGUUGGAAAAAGCAUUGAUAUAUGCUAAUCUGCAUCUGCUUGUAGAAACGCAUCUACGCAAGUGAUCUUUUCUGAAAAAUGUUUGGUUUAAUCCCCCCGACUGGAUCAAAGCAAAAACAUGCAUCAAUUUGAAGGAAAUUUUCUGAUUUUUUUAGAACUGAGAUAGAACUGAGAAUUAAAAGUGUCACAGAGUGUAGCUUCACCAUGGAAACCAGCCUUGAAUAGGCCAUGCCCAUUUUUGUGAUAAAUGCAAAGCAGUAACUUAAUUUUUAUAUUUGUUAAUCAAUUACACUAAUUUAUAUAUAAAUAUAGACUUUACAAGGAUAAAAUCACUACAGAUUGAAUGAUAUGAUAACGCCUAGCAACCAAAUAUAUAUUUCAUACAUAUUUUAUUUAAAAACUGUUGCCUAGCAACAUUAUUUUCCCUGGCAACCAUAUUCCCUUUUCAAUAUUCUCUCUUUUUUCACCAGAUUAAUUCAUUUUAUCAUAUUUUUUAAUUUUUAAUUUAUAAAAACUGAUGAAGUAAGUGAAUUUUGAUGAAAAAUGAAUAGAAGAGGAAGACUAGGAUGUAUAAUGCAUUUAUGAUCAUGAAAAAUUACAUUAUUGCCAUGUUUGAUUAACCCCUGCAUGUGACAGAUAUCACUAUGUUUGUGUGUAUUUACGACUAUACGCAGCAGUAUGGUCUAUUAUUACUUAAUGGAUUUUAUUGUAUUGUUAUAAAUCAUUCUUAGAUACCCUGCUGUGUAAUGUUAUCUGUUCUAAUCUAAAUAAUUGAGUAUUCAUAGAUUUUUAUGUUACCUAUGGAAACCAUUGUGUUGCCUAGCAACAGCAUUUUCCUUAGCAACCAUCACUUUUUGGCGAUAUUUAAAGCCUGUAACCUCCCCAAAAUUCCCUUUUUUGUCCUCAAAAUGCAUCUUAUACUAUUUAUCGUGGUGAUGGCAAUUAAUUUCAGUCAUCUGGCCAGGCAGUCGGCAUAUUGAGAGAGGGCUGGUUGUAUGCAGAACAUUUUUCCUUGGGGUGGCAAGACCACUACAAAAUCUCCAAGAAACAAAGCGAGGGAGCAAAGCGACUGAGUUUGGCAAGGGGCGCUUCAUAGUAAAUUGAAGGAUAUCAAUUAUCAUGCAUACUUUUGGUUUGGUGAAUUUUGUGAGAAUUUUCAGUUUAAAAUGUGACUUUUCACUGCGUACGGAAAUGGGAGAGGAAAUGGGUAUUAUUAACAAAAUCAUUUAGUUUGUUAUUUGGAACAUUUUAUUAUAUAACAUUUUAGGAAGGGUAAUACGUAUCUAAGACCAACCAAUAAGUCUAAAAAGUGUCCGCAAACAUGGGAAACGAAAUUAUUUAUCAGUUUGGCAAAUAUAAUUCCUAAACUGUAGCGAUUGUGAACUCAAAAGCUAAUUACUGCAUGGGUUACCUAAUAAAAUAUGUAAAUCACAAUGAUCUAUCAAAAGUUCUAUCUGCGAUUCUGGCAAUUUUGCUGUGUUGUUGCAAGGUUGGUUUUUUUUUUCAUUUUAAUUAUACCAGUGCAUGGGCAAUGGGGCAGUUAACACAAUAGUCUACUUGUAGACCUUCAAGCAGGAUUGCUGGUUUAUCUGGACAACUUGGUGAAAAAAAAGGCUUUUCAAUGAUCACCUGCUGUGAUUUAAACACAGAUCAAGAGAUCCUCAAUAUGUCGUACAUAUAUCAAGAAGACAACAACAAUUACUCUAAUCUGAGCUUGUUGCUCACUAGAACCUGUUAGUCCCUGAACAUUCUAUAUGGGCAUUACUGAUUCCAGCAGUUAAUUAGCAGGUCAAAUAUCUGUUUAAGCAGAAUUAAUUAGGAGUACAUGGAGUAUAGGCCCUAUUAUUGUCUCAUCAAGCUAAAGGGCAAAGUCUUAACCAUUAAACUUAUGAGUAUUUCUUUAAGUUCUUUCUAUGAACCUCCUUUUUCUAAACCGAGAGAAGGGCAUUCAGGAGGAGGAGUAGCUCUUUAUGUCAAAUCAAUCAAAUCAUAUCUUCAGGCAAGAGUCCUUAAUGUUCAGGUUCCUCAUGGAGUUGAAGCAUUGUGGAUUCAAAUGAGACCACCUCGUUUACCGCGAUUCGUAUCUAGCUUUUUUGUAAAGUAUUAUAUACAUGUUUUUAUAAUUUGUUAUUGUAAAGCACAUUGAAAUGUUAAUGUAAUGCGCUAUAUAAAUGUAACUUUUAUUUAUUUAUUUAUUUGACAAACUUGCAGAAUAUUUUAUAUGUAAAUGGCUACUUCAAGAUAUUUAGAGUGUAUUGAUCCAAACCAGUACGGAAAUUGACCUGGAUUAAGUACGAAUCACUAUUUGAUACAAUUUCUUCAUCAGAUAUUUGCCAAUGCUGAUGAACCCAAGACUCUAUCCACUGUUAUACUCACCGAUUUUUUAAAAGCGUUUGAUCGCAUAGACCACAACAUUGUUAUUAAUAAAUUGAUUAACAUUCAUGUGAGACCCU